GAAGAAAAUCAGAAGUAAUAUUACAGGCAAGAGAUGAUAACAUAUGACAAAAUGUCCAUUUUCAGCCCUCAUACUUAUUUAUCUCAGCAUCCAAGAGCUUAUUCUACGGAGAAACCCUAUAAAUGCGAAGACUGUGGGAAAGCCUUCAGACGGGCCUCACACCUAACUCAGCAUCAGAGCAUCCACACUGGUGAGAAGCCCUAUGAAUGUAGGCAGUGUGGGAAAGCCUUCAGCCGUGACUCUCAGCUAAGUCUUCACCAAAGACUUCACACUGGCGAGAAACCCUACGCAUGCAAGGAAUGUGGAAAGGCUUUUACUCAAAGCUCACAACUUAUUUUACACCACAGGAUUCAUACUGGUGAAAAACCAUAUAAGUGUGAAGAAUGUGGGAAGGCCUUUAUUCGAAGCUCACAACUCAGCCGACAUCAAAAGGUCCACACUGGUGAGAAGCCCUUUGAAUGUAAAGAAUGUGGCAAGGCUUUCCCUCAGAAUUCGCAGCUUACUCUGCAUCAGAGACUGCACACUGGAGAGAGGCUUUACGACUGUACAGAAUGCAGGAAGGUCUUCACUCAGCUGUCCCAGCUCGUUCUCCACAGGAGAACCCACACCGGCGAGAAGCCCUAUGAAUGUGUGGAAUGCGGGAAGGCCUUUAUUUGUGGUUCCCAGCUCUCACAGCACCAGAAAACUCACAAUGGAGAAAAGCCAUAUGAGUGUAAGGAAUGUGGAAAGGCUUUUAUUCGAGGCUCACUACUUAUGCAACAUCAAAGAAUUCAUACUGGUGAGAAGCCCUAUAAGUGUGAUGAGUGUGGAAAGGCUUUUAUCCGUGGUUCCCAACUCACUCAGCAUCAGAGGGUCCAUACUAACGAAAAGCCGUAUGAAUGUAAAGAAUGUGGAAAGACCUUCAGUCAUGGCUCACAACUUACUCAACACCAGAGAAUUCAUACUGGAGAGAAACCUUACCAGUGUAAGGAGUGUGGGAAAGCCUUUAAUCGUGGGUCCCUCCUUACUCGACAUCAGAGGAUUCACACUGGUGAAAAACCCUACGACUGUAAAGAGUGCGGGAAAAAUUUUAGUCGAGGCUCAGAACUUACGCAGCACGAGAGAAUUCACACUGGUGAGAAACCCUAUGAGUGUAAGGACUGUGGAAAAUCUUUUAUUCGUAGCUCACAGCUUACUCAACAUCAGAGAAUCCAUACCGGUGAAAAACCAUAUGAGUGUAAAGACUGCAGAAUGGCCUUCACUCAGAGCUCACAUCUCUCCCAGCACCAGAGACUGCACACUGGUGAGAAGCCCUAUGUAUGCAGCGAAUGUGGCAAAGCCUUUGCGCGUGGAUUACUGCUCAUACAGCAUCAGAGAAUUCAUACUGGGGAAAAACCGUAUCAGUGUAGGGAAUGUGGGAAGGCCUUUAUUCGCAGUUCCCAGCUUACUCAACACCAGCGAACUCACACUGGAGAAAAACCUUAUGAAUGCAAGGAAUGUGGGAAGGCCUUCGGUCAUGGCUCUCAGCUUUCUCUACAUCAGAGAAUCCACACAGGCGAGAAGCCCUAUGAAUGUAAAGACUGCAGCAAGGCCUUCACUCAAAGCUCACAUCUUUCUCGGCACCAACGGAUUCAUACUGGUGAGAAGCCAUAUCAGUGUAAAGAAUGUAAGAAGGCCUUUACUCAAGGGUCACAAUUAAUGCAACAUCAGAGGAUUCACAGCAGUGACAAAUCUUUUGACUAUAAAGAAAGUGGAAUAGACUUCAGUCAUCAUUCACAAAUUUUUACUUUCCUUACCCUACAACAGAUUGUUAAUAAUGGUGAGAAGCCCUAUGAGUGUAAGAAAUGUAGGAAGGUCUUUACUCAGAACUCACAAUUCAUGCAACAUCAGAGACUUCAUAUUGGUGAAAAGUCCUACGAAUGUAAGGAGUGUGGGAAAUUCUUCAGUUGUGGUUCACAUGUCACUCGUCAUCUGAAAAUUCACACUGGUGAGAAACCCUUUGAGUGUAAGGACUGUGGGAAGGCCUUCAGCUGUAGCUCAUACCUUUCUCAGCACCAGAGGAUACACACUGGUAAGAAACCUUAUGAGUGUAAGGAAUGUGGAAAAGCCUUUAGCUAUUGUUCAAAUCUUAUCGACCAUCAGCGAAUUCACACUGGUGAGAAACCUUAUGCAUGCAAAGUAUGUGGGAAAGCUUUUACAAAGAGCUCACAACUUUUCCAACAUGUGCGAGUUCAUACAGGUGAGAAGCCUUAUGAAUGUAAGGAAUGUGGCAAAGCCUUUACUCAGAGCUCAAAGCUCGUUCAGCACCAGAGAACCCACACUGGGGAGAAACCCUAUGAGUGCAAGGAGUGUGGGAAGGCCUUUAGUAGUGGCUCGGCGCUUACAAACCACCAGAGAAUCCACACCGGGGAGAAACCCUACGAGUGUAAGGAGUGUGGGAAGGCCUUCACUCAGAGCUCACAGCUUCGGCAGCAUCAAAGAAUCCAUGCUGGUGAGAAGCCCUUCGAGUGCCUUGAAUGUGGGAAGGCCUUCACCCAGAACUCACAGCUUUUUCAGCACCAGAGAGUCCACUCAGAUGAAAAACCUUAUGAAUGUAAGAAAUGUGGCAAGGCUUUUAAUAAAUGCUCAAACCUUACCCGCCAUCUGAGAAUUCAUAGUGGGGACAAGCCCUUUAGCUGUAAGGAAUGUGGGAAGACAUUCAGUAAUGACUCAGACCUUGCUCGCCAUCAGGAAAUUCAUGCUAAUGAAUAAUAAAAAUUCAUAUUUGAGAGUUACUUUCUUUUUUUUUUUUUUUGAUUUUUCGAGACAGGGUUUCUCUGUGGCUUUGGAGAGAGUUACUUUCUUGACGCGGUUAAUUAGGUAUUUAUACUUUCAAUCAUAACUGUAGGUUAGGGAUUCCGAGUCUGCGUUUGCUCUCUUCUCCCACCCCAGUGCUAGGUGCCUAAUCACCCUUUAUUUCUCCAUUGCUGGGCUUUGUCGUACCGUUGUUUAUAUUUUCUUACAGUUUUAGGACUGUCUUUUAUCAUCUUCUAAAUUGUUUUUGAUGUUUGCACUAAUAUCACAGUAUUUUAAUUGUGUAACCUGUAGUGAUUUUAAGUUCCUUGUAGAAUUCCAGUGUUGAUUUGAGGCAUGUCAGUCUUUUUGCUAUAUUUCAUGAGCUUUAUUUUUAUUGUAAGUGAAAAAAAAUGAGAAAACUAGAAAAUCCAAAGCUGAAACAUCAAAAUGAACUGCUAUAUUGAUUGUAGACGACGAUUAUCAGUUUGGUAGAACUAAUUCUGCUGGACUUUAUUUUCUAAAAGCCAUGUAGUUAUGGUAUUUGUGUUCUCCCUUCAUCUGCUUUUAUCAUGCUAGAAACAUUAUAAUAAUUGCUUUUCCAGCAAUGAAACGUAUGUUUAAAUGACUAUUAUUUAUGUUAUGGUUGCUUCUAAAUUUUUGCAUUUAUAAAAGAAGUCUCCAUUAAUAUGACCCCAAACUUAUGUUUGGAUGUUUGAUGUUUUAUUUCUCUGAAAAUCAAAAGCAUUUCUUUUAAUGCUGAGUUUAUUCCCCUUUUCUUCUUGUAUGCCAUGCUCUUUCUUCCUUUUCAUUAGCCCUAAUCCUAAUGCCAUGCCAGAAAGUGUUAGCAAAGUGUUAUUUUCUCACACACGGUGAGCACUUGUUCUUUAUCUUACAUGUGCAGUCAUGGAUAUGCCAUGGUUUGCUGCGAGGACUCGAACUCAUAACCAUAAAGACUGUACAUCUACUCCUAGCAUACAGUAUAGGUCUAAUAAAAGGUUUCUCUGUUAU